GUGCGAAGUGUCGAAGUGGAAAGGGAGUGGAAACUAUACGAGGAAGAAUAGAGGAAGGUUACUGACCGGAGGAACUGUGGAGAACCUCGGUGAUAUUUAGAAGACAUGGGACUGGCCGAGAGAGAAGCCGAAAUGCAAGAGUUAGAAACGUCAAGACCCGGUAGAUCGCGAGAUCUCUUCGGUGUGCAGCUCGAGGUUACCUCUCUGCUUUUGGAAGGCGAACGCCGAAAAUUGGCAGUUCUUCAACGAGAACUGCAAGUCGCGCUCGCAGAAGGGGGCAGCGUGAAAGUUAAGGAGAAGCAGAGGCAAGAGUUGCUGCACGCCAUAUCGAAAAUUCAAGGACAGCAUGAGCAGCUCGACAAGGAGUACAGAAUCCACGCUGCCGGUGUUCUCUUAUGCAACUCGAGGGCCUCCGGGAAGACGAGAAACCCCCGAGCGUCCUUCGCUAUUUUCUCCAUGACUCGGCUGUUCGUUAAAUAAAUUCGAUCGAUCGGCUGUCUCUAGAGGCAACGAAGGCAAGAGACUCUUUCGUAACUUUUCCAGGAAUUGGAUAUC